UAGGGGGCUCGAGCAGACAAUUCAGUCCCGUGAGCAGGUCACAGAAGUAAACAUAAAAACAAAGCCCACGCUCCGCGCGCUCUGGUGUGUCUAAUGUGUCGAGCCGUUUCCUCCGUCGUCUCACAAAGUGCCGCCGCUGUCUGUCAGCGGCACUGACGCGGGCCGCCAGCAUCCUCUCCGGCAUCCACAAGUGAAUGAGGAGGGCCGGUGGCCCACAGGGAGGGGUCGUUUGCUUCCAGGGCUGCCUCCUCCUGGAUGGAGCAGGCAGCGAUGGCCAUGGGAGAUGUCUCGAAAAAAGCAUCUACUCGGAACCUGGCGGUGGAGAGGAAAAACCUCCUCACGGUCUGCAGGUUUUCGGUUAAGACCCUGCUGGAGAAAUACACGGCCGAGCCCAUCGAUGAUUCAUCAGAAGAGUUCGUCAAUUUCGCCGCCAUCCUUGAACACAUCCUCAGCCAUCGUUUCAAAGGCUCUAGUAGCUGGUUCGAUGGUCAGAGGAGUUACUGGGACUACAUCCGCCUGGCGUGUGCUAAAAUCCCCAACAGCUGCAUUAGCAGCAUUGAGAGCAUGGAAAACAUCAGCACCUCACGAGCCAAGGGCCGAGCCUGGAUGAGAGUAGCCCUGAUGGAGAAGAGGCUAUCUGAAUACAUCGCCACUGCCCUGAGGGACAGCAGAACAACCAAGAGGUUCUAUGCAGAGGGAGCCAUCAUGUUAAGAGAAGAAGCUACAGUGCUAACAGGGAUGCUAAUAGGUCUUGGAGCUAUAGACUUUAGCUUCUGUUUAAAAGGGGAGGCCCUGGAUGGGAAAUCUCCUGCAGUGAUUGACUAUACUCCAUACUUGAAAUUCACACAAAGCUAUGAUUACCUGAGCGAUGACGAUGACCAGCAGAGUGUUGACAGCAGCGCGAGUGACGACAGCGUCCCUGAACAUCCUUACAUCCCCCUGGUCACAGACGAGGAGAGCUGGAGCACAAAGUGUCGCAAGAUGGAGCAGAGGUUCAAGAUUGUCAAUGCACAAAAGGGUUACCUGGAGGAGCUUGUACGUCUGCGUGAGUCACAGCUGAAGAACACAGAGACGGAGAACAAGAGGCUAAAGGCUCGGCUGGAGGAGCUGCAGACCCAGAGCCAACAGGAGAAAAGGGAACUGGAGGCCAUCGUCUUGGAGCUUCAGGAGCAACUGACAAGCUUGAUUCCGUGUGACUCCAACCACUUGGCGAAAAACCUCUCAAUCCCACUCGUCAACCAGUGGCCAACGCUCGAGCCGUUCGACAGCCAAGAGGACGUGAAGCUGUUUCGCAGGAGGAGUUUUCCAAGCACAGAGCUGCUAUCGGUGGAGGUCAGCCUGGAUUCUGACUCUCAGAGGACUCAGGAGAAACAGAAUGGGAGGGCCUGGUGCACAGAAAAGGACUACACCCCCUCCAUGAUGGGCCUGUGUGGAUCCUUGGCGUCCUUCCCAAGCUGCAAAUCUCUGACUAGCCUGAAGUCCAGCGAGUGCCUGGUCAACAUCAGCACAGAGAACAGUCCUGCCCUCUCUCCCAGCUAGGGGGCACCAAAGAAACACUGCCAAAAAACAUUAAGACGCUCCGGCGUGAAAAUAAUACGACUGUUCUCGGUGGGCGGACAGACGCUUAACAGACUUGAGUCCCUUUACUUUUACAACCCAGCACUCUCAGCUUACACCUGUUGUGGAAGAGCAGCCUGCACGCUCUCUGGGCCUGUGCAGCAAAGAUGCAGGAGCAAGCUGCUGCACUGCCUCAUGGCCUCCUUCAGCGUCAUUGCCUUUCAUUGUCGUGACAUCAUUAAGCCUCCUGCACUGUAAAGCAGCCGGUUUAGAUCUGACCUUCUUUCACUUACAGUCACCCAUCUGAACCGGUCCCAUUCAUCGAAGCUCACUGUAGGGUCGUUCUGUGUGUCGCUGUCCUUUUGUCUGCGUCUUAUCGAUCUGUCAGCCUAUCUUACUCUGCCUGUUGAAUAACACUGACAGGAUGGGUGAGCUGCUAUAACCUUAUGGAGAAACAGCCCUAUUAUAUACUGUUACAGGAGCGUGAAAAGAGUUUAGAACAGAAGCUUUUAAUGUGGUGAGUCAGAUGGUUUAUGAUGAAGAUUAUUUAAAAAAAUAAAUAACAGAAGCUACUUUAUGAUAUUAGAAUCAAUGACAGUUUAGACCUUAUUCAAUCAUAUGCUAGGUUAGACACACAUGUCAGGCUGCAGAGGUUUGUGGAGACGUCACAGUGUGAACAUUUAAAAAAUAAAACAAAUCUGUUGCAUACAAACGCAGAGUUUAUUGUGACUAUGCAGAAUGAGUGUUGUCCUUGUCUUUUUCUACAAACAUAGCUUCAUAGAAUAGUUUGAGCAGGAGAGAAAUAGUGAAUGUGCAACAUGCGUAUGCCAUUUUUUUUCUUUCUGUGAGCUUUCCUUUUCUGUUACAGUUACAUCCAUGACAUACUCACCUGUGUCAGUCACACAUGUGUAAAUUGCUUUUUAAUGCGGCAUUUUUGAGAGUUGGGAAACAUUUAAAACUGCAA